AUGGACACAGGAGAAUCUCUAAAUUUAAUUACAAGUUUAAAAUCGUCAAAAAAUACAAAUCGUUAUUGUCUUCAACUGGCAUUGUUACCACAAAUACUUCCUGUAAAACAAUUUGGCUGGCAUAAUUAUUAUUAUGCAUCAACAACAAACGGUUGUGAUAAAGCAAAUGUUUCAGCGUUAUCCUCAUUAUCAAUCGCAGAUAACUCUAUGUUUGUUAUUCACUACAAUGCAAAUUGUUCAUUUGCAGAACAAUCAUAUAAUUUUCAGUUAGUAUUUGGUGAUAAAAUCAGUUUAUUAUAUAUAAUUGUUAUUCCAUAUACAAUAAUUCAAUCAUUAACAACAAAUAAAACACUUCCAGUAACAAUUCCUGUUUUACUCAUUAGACAAUCAGAAUUUAAUGGAUUAAUUAACGAUAAUAAAACAAAUCAAAUUGAACAAAUUUCAAUCGAUUAUUCAUUUCAUCAAUCACGACUUAAUAUAGUGACAUUAUUGAUGUAUAUUUUAAUUAUUUUAGUACUUUUCGCUGGCACCAUGUGGGCAGGCGAUGAAUUUAUUCAAAAAGUUAAAGAAUCCGUCGAUUAUUAUGCAUUUAAUCAACAAGGAAAAUAUACCGCCGUCAAUCCAAAUCCAAUAAAUAACAACGAUUCUAUGGAACCCUUGGCAACGAACCAACAAUCAUCGCCAAAUCUGUCAACACAAACAAAUACUACACAAGUAUUAUCUUCCUCUCCUACUGAUACUGUUACAGUACCAUUACCAAGAUCAAUUGUUUUACCACCACCACCAUCAUUUCAAAAAUUAAAAGAAUUAUCAUCGAAAGAAAACGAACAAGCCAUCUUAGCUAUGCCCUAUUGUACAAUAUUAUUUUUAUUAAUCACGGCCGUUGCCUGGAUAUUAUUAAUUUGGAAAUUUCCCACUGUGAUGGUUAAAAUUUUGCAAACAAUGUUUUGUAUUAGUGGUUUGUUUUCGUUGAAAUCGUGUUUAAAACGUUUUAGUUAUAUAAAAUAUUUUGUAAAAAUUUUAAGACGUUUUGAAAUUCGAUCAUGUGAAAUUCGAAAACCGUGCAAAUAUCAAAUUGGUCCAAUUAAUUAUUUUUCAAUACUUACAUUUUUUAUUGGUUUAACAGUAGUUAUUCUUUGGUACGUUUAUAGAAAACAACGAUGGUCAUGGAUAUUACAAGAUAUUAUUGGUGCUGCAUUAUGCAUUGUCGUUUUAUCUGUUUAUCGUUUAGCAAAUAUGAAAGUAAUUACAUUGAUUUUAUCAUUAUUUUUUUUCUACGAUAUAUUUUUUGUAUUCAUUACACCCUAUAUUCCAUUUUUCAAUGAUUCAACUAAAACUAAUUUAACAACAUUAUUAUCAACACAAACAACAAUUAGUGCAACGGGUAUCAAUUCAACAUUAACAAGUACAUUAUCACCUUAUUAUAUACCAACAAUACAAAGAGAAAUAAGAAAUAGAAAUCCAAGUAUUAUGGAAAAGGUUGCACUUGGACUUGGAAGUGGCGAUGAAGUUGUACCAUUAUUAUUUAGUGUACCAAGAAUAACAAAAUAUCCCGAUCCAUGUAUAACAAGUAAUGAUCAAAAAAUUGGUUUUGGAGAUAUUAUUUUGCCUGGAAUUUUAAUAACCUAUUGUAAAAUAUUUGAUAUAGCGAGUAAUAAUCGUAUUCAUGUUUAUUAUAUACAAUCGUUGAUUGCUUAUUCUAUUGGAUAUAUAUUGGUCAUUAUUGCCUUAGUCUUUAUGAACAUGCCACAACCAGCUCUUCUCUAUCUUGUUCCAUGUACUCUAUUAUCAACAAUUUUCACCGGUCUUAUUCGACGUGAAUUAAAAGAAUUAUAUUCAGGACGAAGAAUUAAACAAAUAUUUGAACAAUCAGAUCAAAUAUCGGUUGUUUCCAAACAUGACAAUCAAAUCAGACCUGAUGGAGACGGUUAA